UCAUGGUUUGUCAGAAAUGAAAGCGCGCUCAAAAGUGAGGUCGAUGGUGCCAUGACGAGGCCCCUGCGCACAUGCGCCGGGAUCUGCAAGAUAAUCCAAUUAGCUCCGUCGCCUUUUAGCCUGUGUAUAUAAGUGCCGGGUAUGCCGUUCUCGAGGUUUAUCUGCACACCGCUGAAUGCUGAUCAGCUAACAUCGAGUUCUUGAAGACACACUGCUAUUCUUGAGAGCUAGUAGCUAGCUAGAAUACGAUGGGUGAUCUGCAGAUCGUGCUGGCCGGGGGGACGAUCGAGGCGCAGCACGUGGAGAUGAAGGUGCCGCUCUACUCCUACGGCUGCGAGAAGAAGAUCAAGAAGGCACUGUCGAAUCUCAAAGGGAUACGCUCGGUUCAGGUGGAUUACCACCAGCAGAAGGUGACGGUGUGGGGGAUAUGCAACCGGAACGACGUGCUGGCCGCCGUCCGGCGGAAGCGGCGAGCGGCGCGGUUCUGGGGCGCGGACCAGCCGGAUCUGGGCGAGGACGCUAGGCUGCUGGGGGACGCCCCCAAGCACUACCUGCGAGCGUUCGCCGCGUACAGGAGCAGGAAGUCGUGGAAGAAGCUCUUCCCCAUGAUCCGGCUGUAACAGCAGCAGGCCGCGAGCGUGAUGUUUUGUCUCGGUGCCUGCUGCAUGCGUGGCCGCGUGCGUGUUGCACUGCAGGAAUGGCCAGGAGUUGCUGGUAGUUUGGUACAGUAGCGCAUGAUGUUACAUAUCGAAUAAAUGUGCUCUGUUCUUGUCUUUUGGGUAA